AUGGACGUCACCAUCCAGCACCCCUGGUUCAAGCACGCCCUGGGUCCCUUCUAUCCCAGACGGCUGUUCGACCAGUUUUUCGGCCAGGGCCUCUUUGAGUACGAUCUGCUGCCCUUCCUGUCCUCCACCAUCAGCCCCUAUUACCGCCAGACCCUCCUCCGCACAGUGCUGGACUCCUGCAUCUCUGAGCUCAUGACCCAUAGGUGGUUUGUACCGCACCAACCACAUGCUGGAAACCCCGAGAACAACCCCAUCAAGGUCCGAUCCGACCGGGACAAAUUUGUCAUCUUCCUGGAUGUGAAGCACUUCUCUCCUGAGGACCUCACCGUGAAGGUGCUGGAGGACUUCGUGGAGAUCCAUGGCAAGCACAACGAGAGGCAGGACGACCACGGCUACAUUUCCCGUGAGUUCCACCGCCGAUACCGCCUGCCUUCCAGUGUGGACCAGUCUGCCCUUUCCUGCUCCCUGUCUGCAGAUGGCAUGCUGACCUUCUCUGGCCCCAAAGUCCAAUCUGGCCUGGAUGCUGGCCACAGUGAAAGGGCCAUUCCUGUGUCUCAGGAGGAGAAGCCCAGCUCGGCACCCUCGUUCUAA